GACGCAAGCCAGGAAGGGACUCGCCCGCUGAUUGGCUCGCGGUGACCCCGUGACUGGAGGGGGCGAGGCGCCCGCCGCCAGGUCGGAGCGGGCAUGGCGGCGGCGCCGGGGGUGACGGAGCGCUACUUCACGCGCUGGUACAAGCCAGAUGUUAAGGGUAAUCUAUGUGAGGACCACUGUAUAUUGCAGCAUUCUAAUAGAAUCUGUGUCAUCACGCUGGCAGAAGCUCAUCCUCUUCUUCAAAAUGGAAAAACAAUUAAGAGUAUUAAUUACCAAAUCAGUGCCAACUGCAGUAGACUUCAAAAUAAAGUCUCUGGAAAGUCAAAGCGGGGUGCUCAGUUUCUAACAGAACUUGCCCCUCUGUGCAGGAUAUCUUGUUCAGAUGGAGAAGAAUAUACUAUAUAUAGUUGUAUAAGAGGGCGGUUGAUGGAAGUUAAUGAAAACAUUCUGGAUAAUCCAGCUAUUCUACAAGAAAAGACACCCAGUGCUUCUAGAAGAUGUAGAAAGAACGAAGAUGCUGAUCUGAACUCAUGGCUGCAAUGACUUACUACGAGCCAACUGCUGAGAUAUGGGAAAACUGUGCAACUCUGAUAUCUCAUUUGGGCUGCCACCACAAAGAAGACCUCUGUAGAUACUCUGGAUGCUGUUGCUAGUCCAAAGGGAAGAUCUCUGAACUGCAAAUGUUCCUGACCCAUUCGAAACCAAAAGGAACUUUCUGUGGGACAGAUGGAUAUCUACAUGGAAAUAGGCAUCCUUCAUGUUGAUUGCCACAAACCAUAUUCCCUCCUGUAGAGAGGGAUUAUUGAUGCUAGUGUAACCAUCUUAAAUUUGGCUUUCGAAUAAAGAUGCUAAGUUGUUGAAGGUCCAGAA